AUGUUGUCAUAUCAUCAUCCAAACGUUUCUAAUGGUCUGUUACCUAUUCCUGCUAGUCCUACGAUCAAGAGUAACAACCCUGGUGACUUUAUUAAAGGUUCCUUAUAUCCAAUUCCUUAUCAAGCAGUUAUUGCUGUCGAAGGUGUAAAGACUCAUGAAUUAUUAACUUGGGACAUUAAUGUUACUUCACAAUCUGUCAAAGUUAAAAUGGAAUGGUCUGUUCUGGAUGGCUCUACAAUUGUAAAGUCGGACAGUAUACCUAAAGCAGUUGUUAACUCCAUAUCUUCCUACAAUCUUGUUCAACCAACAUGGUCGACUUCCUAUUCCAGCAAAAAAUUUUCAUUAAAAUGUGAUUGGAAGUUGUUAUCAUCUACAAACAGUCCUUCAACUUAUAGCACCUAUCUUCCAAAUUUGACACCUACUAUAAAGAACUUGUCAAAUGAUUCUGGCUAUAUGUCUCAUAUCAAUUCCCAGUCUUUCCUGAAUGCCUCUACUCCCUACCAUACCCCAUACCCUGUUCAUUCCCCCCGACAUGAUGUUUACAGACCUCGUUUUAAACAGCCGGUGUUCUACCCGGGUACUCCAUCAAAGCAGGUUAAUCAUGUACAUCAAGUUAACACCCCCAAAAAUUCCCCCCAACAUACCUUUCAAAAACCUCCAGUCGAUCAUCGUCCUUCAUCGGUUGGUCCCUCCCCCCCUUCCUCACCCAAGUCAUCUAACCCGCCUGAUCCCGAACUCCCUCAUACCUCAUCCGAUACCGUCCUAUCCACCCCUGACCCUCAUGACCCCCCUAUAUCUGAACCUUCCCUUACACCAAAUGAUUCCCUUAAUUCCCAUCCCUCCCAGUUAUCUCAUGCCUCCCCUCCAUCUAACCCGCCCGAACCCCCUAAUACCUCAUCCGAGAAUCCCUUAUCCACCCCUGACCCAAAUUACCCUCCUAUUGACCCCCAUAUACCCGAACCCUCCCCCACAUUAAAUGAUUCCCCUAACUCUCACCCCUCCCAUUCACCACCUGCCUCCCCCCAAUUACCUCCCGGUGUCCCUCCUGUAACCGAAACCCUUCAUACAUUACCUGAGACCUUUCCCCCUAAUUCCGAAUUUACCCGCAUCGAACCCCCCGAAUCCCAUCCCCCCCCUGCUGAUCCUUCUGAUGGUGUUGCUAAGAAACCUAAAUAUAAAAAGAAGAAAAAGUCGCAUCAAAAUAAGAACCCCCCAAUUUCAGUAACCCCCACAACCCUUCCACCCCCCUCCCAAAUUCAUUCACAACCUACCUGUCAGUCUUCUACCUCCAAAGUCGCUGAGAAUCCUGAUACCUGCUCAGCAAAAAUUUUAUCUUCUCCUCAUAAAUUCGUUAUUGCUGAUUGUUCUAAGGAUGGUGAUAUCAUUACCGAACUUACUCCGAAUACACCUGAAUUUGACGCUCAGAACGAGUCUUUCAUCGCCACUCCCAAAGAUCUCCCUGUCAAUUCUGAUGACCUUCUUGCUACAAAUCUCAUCGCUGAUAGAAUGAACAUCAUGGGCAAAUGUCGUCUUUGUAAUACCGAUGUCGAAUCCUUUAACGCUGAUUUCCACCUGUUAGAAUGCAGAAAAAUCGAUCAAAAUGACAUUGAGGACCUUGCUUUUGAAUUUGCAGAUAUUACAAACAAUUCCUAUUAUGAAAUAGUUAAUAUUAUAUACGACUAUUGUAAUUAUGUAAUGCACGAUGAAGAUGUUUCUUACCUGUUUCCUAAAGUUUCUAUUUUUGCCAAAUUCUUGAAUAACAUUGAACUUCUUCUUGAUCGGAAAGCAUCUAAAGUUUUUAAAAAGAAAGAAAUAUCCGGUCAACAAAUGCGUUUCAAUAUCCUGAACUAUAAACUCUAG